UGUUGGAGGAGUUACCAGUUAGGUAGAAGAAGAUCCUUGUUUUAAAGCAACUCUCUUAGUUUGAGUUCUAGCAAUUCAUUUUUUCAUAUCCUGCUAUUUUGAAGUUAAUUAUAAAGUUUUGUGAGCAAUGGCUGCGCAAAAUUCUAUGGAAAGAGUCAAAUUGGGAAACCAAGGACUUGAGGUGUCAAAAUUGGGUUAUGGUUGCAUGGGGCUCACUGGAUUCUACAAUGCCCCUAUUUCUGUGGAAGAUGGCAUUGCAAUAAUCAAAGAGGCGUUUAAUAAAGGCAUAACCUUCUUCGACACUGCUGAUGUUUACGGGAAGGACCAUUCGAAUGAAUACAUGAUAGGGCAGGCAUUGAAGGAGCUGCCUCGGGAAAAAGUCCAACUAGCAACAAAGUUUGGUUUUUUUGCAUUUACGAGCUCCGGGAUUCUAGUUAAAGGUACUCCUGAGUAUGCCCGCUCUUGCUGUGAAGCGAGCCUGAAGCGCCUUCAAGUGGAUUACAUUGAUCUGUACUACAUACAUAGAAUUGACACCACUGUACCCAUUGAGGAAACAAUGGAGGAACUCAAAAAAUUAGUUGAAGAAGGUAAAAUUAAGUACAUUGGUCUAUCUGAAGCUAAUGCCGACACUAUAAGAAGGGCACAUGCUGUGCAUCCCAUUACUGCAUUACAAAUGGAAUAUUCACUUUGGACCCGUGACAUCGAAGAAGAAAUAAUUCCUCUCUGCAGGGAACUUGGCAUUGGUAUAGUUCCAUACUGCCCAGUAGGCCGUGGGCUUUUUGCUGGGAAGAAAGUUGUGGAAAACAUACCUCAAGAAAGUUACUUGCAAUCACACCCAAGGUUUACAGGGGAGAAUUGGGAAAAGAACAAGACAAUCUACUAUCGCCUAGAGGAAUUGGCUAAGAAGCAUGACUGCACUCCCGUCCAACUUGCUCUUUCAUGGGUUCUACAUCAGGGUGCUGAUGUAGUUCCUAUUCCUGGAACAACUAAGAUAAAGAAUCUCCAUGAGAACGUCGGUUCUGUGAAUGUGAAACUGACGGACGAUGAUCUGAAAGAGAUCUGUGAAGCUGUCCCCGUUGAAGAAGUGGCAGGAGGGAGACAAGGUGAAGCUCUUUAUAAGAUAUCAUGGAAAUUUGCUAACACCCCACAUCCAAAACCCAAGUGAAUCAACAUUUAUAACCAGUUUGCGUCUUUGUUCUUCUGAAACUCCACGUUCAAUUCCUAGAUGGAGUUGAAUAACUGAUGAUUAAUAAUUUUAUGCCGAAGGCGGAUGCUGGGGGUGAUUAUGAAAUUUUGUUGGAAUAUUCUUGUAGUAAGCUUAUUGGCUUUCAUUUAUACAUUUAGAGGUCAAGUUUGUGGUGUUUUUGUUUUUUUGGUAAACUCUAUAUGUUUGCUGUUGCGUA